AUGGCGAGCCUGCCCCCACUCGCACGCUUCCCGGAAGCCUCAUUGCGGUUGCGUAUGAGCUCUGAGGAAUUGAAUGAACUGAUGCAAGCUUGGGAGACACUGUGCCAGGCAUACUGCAAGCUUUCAGAUGACAGGUUGACAAAGGCGGCCACGAUCGACGAUUCGAUAGCCUCAUUUGUAUCGUCCUAUGUCGCCGAGUGUGCCUCCAACUCAACACUUGGCUCGGCAGAGCUCCUAAAGUCAGCAUUUCACCUUUCCUCACGUCUCCUCACGCUGUUGCAACCGCCUCAGCUCUUGGAAUACCAAUUCCUGUCCGGAUUUGCCAAGUUGUACGCCAGAAAACGCACGGCACCGCUCCUCUCCAAAGCAUUUGCAUCUCACCCCGCGCCGCUCGACUCCUCACUAUCAUCCCUCAAGAAACUCCUCAUCCCCCAACUCGAAUCAGGAAUCAACGGUGAUUUGAAGCUCGUCGAAUCGCACUUGAGCGCUCUGAAUCCCCUUCUGCACGCUUCUCCGGAUGCAUGCACUUUUUUCCUCGCAGGGUCCGACUUCUUCGAUGGACUCGUCUCUUGCUUUCGUGUUAUGAAUCCGCCCUUGCGCAAGGUCAUUGUGACAACCACCUACCUAUGCCUCGUGGGCUUGACGGAUCUGGAGCCGCCGAAAUGGACGAUGCUGAAUGACCAGCUCUUUAUGCUCAAGACUGCGGCAGAUGCCCACAAAGCGGGACCACUGAACGUCAACGACUCGCUUGUUGCAGAGCUGGUGACGGCCACUCCGAUGCUCAGAGUCUUGCUUCGAAGAGCCGAGAAUGCAGGAGCUGCGACGGAUUCACUCAAGAAGAGGAUCAGGGACUUGGAACCGUUCAGGAAGGGGGCCAUGGUCCGGCCGAAGCGUCCGACCAAGAGACGACAGCAGGACAAGGGCAAAGGAAAAGCUGCGCAGGACACGCAUGCCGAAAUUCAUGUGCAUCGCAUGAGCCAAAUUACGCAGGUGCAAGACUUGUUUCCGGAUCUGGGCGCUGGAUUUGUGUCGAAAUGCUUGGCCGAAUACUCUGACGAUGUCGAACAAGUCGUCGCCGCCAUCCUGGCCGAGUCGCUACCCUCCCGCCUUACGCUGCUGGACCGAAACGAGCCAUUGUACGGGUUUCUCUAUUUCAUACCAUCUGGCGCUCCGCUGACAGGCUGCAGGUCAACUCAUGAAGCGCCAACUCAUCCAUCCAUGGCCCCCCGCUCCACGCCACCCCUACCUCCUACGCGGAAAAACUUGUACGACGACGACGAGUUCGAUCGGUUGACUGCUGAUGCUUCCAAGAUAUCGUUUGGCAAGAAACCAGCAAAGACGGCAGAUGAGAUUCUCAAGGACGGGUCGACGGAACCGAACAAAGCAGCCAUUCUGUCUGCACUUGCCUCGUUCGACUCCGAUGAUGACGAACGAGAUGACACAUACGACGCCACUGAUGUUGGAGGCACCAUGGACUCGGCCAAUCAGGAGGCGGAUGCUGUGAACGACAGUAAUGAGGAGAUUCUCUUCCGGGCCUACAUGAUGGAUGAGAAGCUGUUUGCGAGAGACGCUGCCACUCGAAGGGGAGUUUCACGAACAAAGCUGAGGCAGGAAACAGGAAUGACAGACGAGGCCAUCGAAGGAUGGGCCCUCAUGCUGUCGAGAAAUCCACUGCAGCGGACAAGGUUGGAUUCCAAGUACGCCUUUGGUGGACAGCAAGCCCAGCUUGAACGGACUGCCUGGAGGGACAGCCCCGCUGGCUCGGGAACAGAGGAAAGCGAUUUCGACGCCAACGGCGGUAGGGGUGGUCGAGGCGGUCGAGGCGGUCGAAGUGGCCGUGCUCGUGCUCGCGGACGCGGAGGAAACGUAGCAGGACCUACCGGGGACAAGGAGACGGAGUCGGCACGGAGGAACAAGGAGGCUCACAAGGGGUCACGAGCAAACCACAACCGGCGGGAUGCCCGGGCCAAAAAGAUGUCUCGAGGGGGAUUCGCCGGCUGA